GACAACUUUGAUUUUUAACAUGUCAUUAGAGGUGAGACAUUAUCACUGCAGAUUCUCGCUCUCUGGCUUUUAUAUUAUGGAUAUUUUUCGACGGGCACGCCAUAGACGACACCAUUCAAGCAUUGGCCAGAUUGAUUCACCGUCUGAUAGGAUGGUACCUACGCCCUCCCCUCAGGCAGGACCUUCUCGUGGGCAGUCGCCAGCAGAACCUUCUCAUGGCCAGUCGCCGGCAGGACCCUCACGUGGACCGUCCUUGGCAGGACCUUCAUGUGGCCAGUCACCGGCAGGACCUUCAUGUGGCCAGUCACCGGCAGGACCUUCACAUGGCCAGUCACCGGUAGGACCUUCAUGUGGCCAGUCACCGGCAGGACCUUCACAUGGCCAGUCACCGGCAGGACCUUCAUGUGGCCAGUCACCGGCAGGACCUUCACAUGGCCAUUCACCUUCCCCACUUGAGUCGCCGAUACCUGCCAGACACUCAACCGUUGAUAUUGCCGACGCUCGACUGCAUAUAGUCCCUCUUGGAGACUCAUUUGAAAAUUCAGUAACUGUUGUUCGUGAGAUUAAUCAAAUUGUGAAUAACUUUUGGAAAGGAGACUCAAUGUCAUACUCAAGCACUCCAGCACCCACAAAAGAACUCUGGUGGUGCGAGUUUAAGCGAUUAUUUAGUUGGGACCCUUAUUUUGAGAUGGAAGUUAAAAGAAUUUUCAAAAAGAAAUGUGGUGAUCACAUUCGGCAUGUAUUAAACCAUGCCAAAAGUACUGGAAAAAAGCCUCCCUUUAUCACGACGGACAAUUGGGUUAGGAUCUGCAAUUUUUGGCAAACUUAUGAGUGCAAAGAAAGGAGUUUGCGGAAUAAAAUAAAUCAAGCUUAUAAUUCUGGAGACUCACGUGCAAUAUAUGCAGGAGGAUCUAUAAAUAUCGAGGAGCAUUCACGUAGAUUGUCUAGGGAUUUGGGAAAAGAGCCCGAUUUUAUAGACACUUUCGUCCGCACUUUUCAAAAAAAAGACAAGACUUGGAGUGGAGAUAGAGCUAGAAUAAUUAAGGGUUGGUAGGUGAAGAUGAUGGUGGUAUUGAUGUAAAAAUAUGUAGAAGAAGGAUUUGGACUGAGAAGGAUCUCCAUAAGAUUAUCUUCAACUCUAUCUUUUUCAUGUUCUUGUAUGAUAUUGGAAUUUGGAUACUAUGACAUGUUUGUUAUAACUUUAUUGUAGUGCUUGGUUUAGGGUGUUAGUUGUAGUUGUAUAUUGUUGUAGUUUGUAUUGUUGGAUGAUGAUGUGUUGUAUUGUUAGUUUUAUGCUCUUAGUUUAGGUUGUAUAUGGAACAACAUGUUUUAAUGGUGCAUGUGUUUGGGUUUA